AGCUGAACAUCCGUCAAAAUGACAACUUCCAAAAUCUUGUCGACAUUGUCUUCAGUACUGGUCAUUUUCUUUCUUUCCAAUUCUUUCAAUCCAAAUCCUGGUGUUCGAGCAUGGAGCAAAGAGGGUCAUAUCAUGACAUGCCAAAUUGCACAGGAUCUCCUGGAACCUGAUGCAGCCCAUGCGGUCAAAAUGUUGUUGCCCGACUAUGUUAACGGGGACUUGUCAGCCCUGUGUGUAUGGCCAGAUCAAGUAAGGCACUGGCACAAGUAUAGGUGGACGAGCCCACUUCACUUCAUUGACACCCCUGAUAAUGCCUGCAACUUUGAUUAUGAAAGGGACUGUCAUGAUCAACAUGGAGUUGAGGAUAUGUGUGUUGCUGGUGCCAUCCAGAAUUUCACUACUCAGCUUUCACAUUACCGCCAUGGAUCUUCUGAUCGACGACAUAAUAUGACAGAGGCCCUAUUAUUUCUUUCACACUUUAUGGGAGAUAUACAUCAGCCAAUGCAUGUAGGCUUUACAAGUGAUGAAGGAGGAAACACCAUAAAUUUGCGCUGGUUCAGGCACAAAUCCAAUCUGCACCAUGUCUGGGACAGAGAGAUUAUUCUUACGGCUGCUGCAGAUUACUACGGGAAGGAAAUCGACCUCCUUGAGCAAGACAUAGAAAGUAACUUUACAGAUGGAAUCUGGUCUGACGAUCUUGACUCCUGGAGGGACUGCAGCGAUCUCCAUACCUGUGUAACCAAGUAUGCAGCAGAAAGUAUCAAUAUUGCUUGCAAAUGGGGUUACAAGGGAGUUGAGGCUGGAGAGACUCUCUCUGACGAUUACUUCAACUCCAGACUGCCCCUGGUGAUGAAACGAAUAGCUCAGGGUGGAGUUCGAUUGGCCAUGUUCCUCAAUCGAGCUUUUGGCCGUUCUCAAGAUGAUUUCCUUGCAGCAACUUGAUUGUGUUGGUUCCAUUUUGAACCAACUGCUAGAUUUAAUUUGACCAAAGAUGCAUCUGCACAGCCUGCCUUCGUAGAAUCCGUAGUCAUCAGAAUAUGAAACUGAUCAGUUAAUAUUUGUGCUUGCUUAUAACUGGCGAAAUUUAGAUAGGACAAACAAUAACGUUGUCUGAAAGCAUCGGCAAUGAACAACAAUUCGUUCAUGACCUUAAAUUAUGAAAAGCUAGAUGUAAUCUUGGAAGAUA